CCACCAACCCCCUCCUUCUCUUCUUCUCCUGAGCAAGUAGCUUUCUAAUUCCAUCCAUUAAUACAAACAGGGGAAACCUGAAAAGCCAGCAUCUACAGUAUUUGGAAAACACAGAUAAAGAGAUAGACAUAGAGAUGCAUGAUUGAUGCACACAAUCAGGAUUACAAGUCAGCAGCAUCAGCACCAGCAUAUAGUAAACAAGGAUGUUGUAGCACAGAGCAGCAAUCAGAAUGCCUUCAUUUGGGAUUUUGUCACAGGCAAGUUGGACGGGAUAUUGGGACUCCUAGCUGGACAGACCGGCUGAAAAGAAAACAACACAAAAAAGACAUUUUAGGUAUCACAGACCUUUCCAGCUGACAGGCAAUGGCUUUGGAGAACAAUACCCAUCGCAGCUUCUCAAUUAUACCAUGCUUCAUCUUUGUAGAGCUUGUCAUUAUGGCUGGCACUGUUCUGCUUGCAUACUACUUUGAGUGUACGGAUACCUUUCAAGUGCACAUUCAAGGCUUCUUCUGCCAAGAUGGAAAUCUAAUGAAACCAUACCCAGGGAGUGAGGAUGAAAGUUUCAUAUCCCCUCUGGUGCUCUACUGUGUGCUGGCUGCAACACCAACAGCUAUUAUUUUUAUUGGUGAGAUAGCAACCUAUUUCAUUAAGUCUACAAGAGAAAACCUGAUCGUUCAAGAAAAAAUGAUUCUAACUGGAGAGUGCUGUUACUUGAAUCCAUUAAUCAGAAGAAUCAUACGAUUUAUAGGGGUUUUUGCAUUCGGCUUAUUUGCAACGGACAUUUUUGUAAAUGCUGGUCAAGUUGUAACGGGCAACCUCACUCCAUAUUUUCUGACUGUGUGUAAACCGAACUAUACUGGAACAGACUGUCUUGCUCACCAUCAGUUUAUGAGCAAUGCAAACAUCUGUGCCGGUGAACUGGAAGUGAUUGAGAAAGCAAGGAGGUCAUUUCCUUCUAAACAUGCUGCUUUAAGUAUCUACUCUGCGCUAUAUACCACAAUGUAUAUCACGAGCACAAUUAAGACAAAAAGCAGCAGACUAGCAAAACCUGUUCUUUGCCUUGGAACUCUGUGUUCUGCCUUCCUUACUGGACUGAACCGUGUAUCAGAAUACAGGAACCACUGCGUUGAUGUUAUUGGAGGCUUCAUUUUGGGGACAGCCGUGGCUUUGUUUUUGGGCAUUUGUGUUGUCCAUAACUUUAAAGGAACUCAUGGAACAAUCUCUAAACCGAAGUCUGAGGACACAAGGGGAAUGCCUCUAAUGGCUUUCCCCAGAGUUGAAAGUCCUCUGGAGACUUUAAGUGCUCAGCAAAGAUGGAAGCAGACACAGGGCCAGGCUAUGCUGCUGGAAACAGGAUUUAUCUCAGUAAAGAAUCACUCUUCAUCGAUGACUGAAGUCACCUGAAAUCUUUAAUGGAUAUAUAAAGAACUGUUUUUAUACUACAUUAGUGCAAGAACAACAAGAACCACAGUUGCUCAAUGUUAAACUGUGACUAUCAGUAUUAUGUUCUAUCUAGUUAGCUAGAUGUUUUGUACAAUUUUGUUCAAGGAAGUGAUGUAGCUUGCCCUGAUAUUUCUUUUAUUCUAUUGUAGUGUCAACUUCAACAUCCCAUGUUUAUGCCAUAAUGCAAUUUUCUCCUGUUAUGGUAUAUGGUGCACUAAAAACUACCAUCUUCUUGAAUCGUCAAAGUUAUGUGAUCAUGUUUGUAUACAAUUUUUGUAUUAUUUUAUAUGCAUUAAACUGCUGUGUAAAUUAAAAUGCUAUCAAACAUUUUAAUUUUAUUUCUUUACACAACAGGAGAUUUUUAUACUUGAAAUAUGUAUAGGAACGAGCAUAACAUUUUUCUAGGGUAAUUUGCAAUUUUCUGCAAAGUUGCAAAUUUUGCUCCAAACACUUUGCGAUAUUUAUUAGUAGCUGACAGAAUUCACUCAAAUGUGCAUAUUUUUACUAUGUUGUUUCAGCUUGGA